AUAGAGGCUUUAUUGUGAUUUGCUUAAUAUUUUCACACCUACAGACAUUUGCAGACUCUGUGCUGGGUGUAAUGUCGUGGAUCAUGCCUGUUAUGGUGGCUGCGUCUAUAUUUGGAGGUCUGAGUGUCCACAUCAUGACUUCUUCCAGAAUGUGCUUUGUUGGAGCGAGGUAUGGCCAUUUCCCUGCCAUGCUUUCUCAUAUCAGCAUUGAGAAGUUUACACCUACUCCGUCUUUAGUAUUUCUGAAUAUUUUGUCGCUGGUGAUGCUGAGUACCAGUGACAUCUAUUUGCUCAUCACGUACUCAAGUAUUGUUGAAUCAGUUUUCAUCAUGCUGUCAGUCACAGGUAUUCUGUGGUUACGGUGGAAACGACCUAACAUGGUCAGACCAAUUAAGGUGUCACUAUGGGUACCUGCAGUUUUCUUGAUAGUGUGCUUGUUUCUUGUGAUCGUUCUGUGCUAUGCACGGCCGUUCGAAGUUAUUAUGGGAGCGGUUAUCACAUUGACAGGCCUGCCUGCUUUCUGGGUUGGCGUCAUGUGGCAGAAUAAACCACUUUGGUUUCGGAAUAUGUUCUGUACCGUGACAUGCAGUGUACAGAAACUGUUCUUAUCUGCAAAAGAAGAAUAACUUUACUUGUCAGUUGGGCAGAAACAUUGUAGCCGUCAACUGUCUGCUGCUGGAAUUAGAUAAAAUUUCAGCUGUAACUAAGAAAAUUUCAUAUUCUGCCUUUACUCUGAAUUGACUUGCCUCUGCUGCUUUUUAAGCAGAAUAUUACCAUAAGAUUUGAUGACUAGUGAAAAGACCAGUUUUUUUAUGCUAGCGUUUUACAGAGUUUGGUAACUGGUUUGACCUUGAAGAUGAAGGCAUUGUUUUCCUCUGACAUGUUGGUAACCACCUGGUUUGGUGGAAAGUUUUGAAGGCAUGAUCUGAUAAGUUAAUUUAUGUUGGUGAUAGUUUAUUACAUUUGACCAAAAAUUUACAGUGACUCAUGUUGCUUGAUUCAAAGGACCAAUUACAUUCGUGUUGAUGUGAUUGUGAGAUUUGAGGUUAAAAUCGUCAUACUCACCGCUGUGAAAACCUCAAAUCAUUCGUGAAUACAGUAGUCUGAAGUAUCAUUUUGUUGAAGAAAAUGCAGUGUGGAAGUUUUUUUUUUUUUAAUAAAACCAUUUCUUAUUUUGUGCAGAAACAUUUGUAAUGUUUGAUAAAUGAUUUAAGAUUGCAAAAUGAUACUGUAUGUUUUUUUUUUUGGUUCCUGUUGUAAAAUGUUCAGACAUUGCUUAGAACUUUACUUGAAUUAUUUGCUAAAUAUUACAAAAUGCUUACGAUUUGUUAGUUUCAUGCACUUUAUGCUUUUCCAGUUUUCAUUGUUUUUUAAUCAGUUGCCAUAAAAGUAGUUGUUUUGUCUUAGGACGGCAGGACAGAGGAAUGACGGUUGCUCUCCGUUUACUGAGAUCUGUUUGUGAUUUUGAUAGGGUAAAGUUUAUCAUUAAAUUAUUGCUAUUGUUUUUUUUUUAGAAUUUUUCACUUUUGUUUAUGAAAUGUUUUUUAUUCUUGUUGCCACACUGCAUUGUAAGUUAAGUUUUACUUUUUGUACUUGGUUAUAAGUUUGUGCCAUAAUUAUUUCUGCCGUUGGGAGUUUCUUGCCUUGUACAUGACUACAUUCAUCAUUUACAUUGAUGCUUGAAUGACCAUUUUGUGGAUACUGAACAUUAUUUUGUGUGAAAUAUAUUAAUUAUUUGUUGUA